CGAGAGCUUCUAGCGAAUAGAGCCAGGGGGAGCCCCGGGCCGGGAGGGUGGGGGAACGCAGCCGAGCGGAGCGCCUCCCGCGGGCAGAGCCGGGGGAACCCCAGGCCGGCCGUGGAGCCAGCGCCCACCCGGACGGCCGCCCGCGCCUCUGGCCCCACGGGCGGCAGCGCAGCCGACCUGUAGUAUCCCCAGCAGGCAAAGCCCGCGUCCCCCCGGCGCACCCCCAUGACCGCGGCCAAGGCCGAGAUGCAGCUCCUGCCCUCGCUGCAGAUGGCCGACCCCUUCUGCUCUUUCCCGCAUUCGCCCCCCACCAUGGACACCAACUACCCCAAGCUGGAGGAGAUCAUGCUGCUGGCCGGCGGGGGGCCGCAGUUCCUCAGCUCCGCCGGCGGCCCCGAGAACAGCGCCGGCGGCGCCGGCGGCGGCUUCAACCCCUCCGGCGAAAGCGGAGAGCAGUCCUUCGAGCACCUCGCCGCAGACACUUUCCCCGAGAUCUCUCUGAACAGCGAGAAAUCCCUGGCGGAGACGAGCUACCCGAGCCAGACCACCCGCCUGCCGCCCAUCACCUACACCGGCCGCUUCUCUCUGGAGCCAGCGACGAGUGGAGGCGGCAGCAACCCGCUGUGGCCAGAGCCCCUCUUCAGCCUGGUGAGCGGCCUGGUGGGCAUGGCCACCUCGGCGACGACGUCUGCCCAGCCGUCGUCCGCCUCGCCGCCUAUCUCGUCGUCCGCCUCGCCCAGCCCGGCCCUGAGCUGCUCCGUGCAGGCCAGCGAUACCGGCCCAAUCUACUCGGCAGCGCCCACCUUCCCCAACCCCGGUGGGGCCGAGAUCUUCCCAGAGCCGUCCAGCCAGCCCUUCCCCAGCCUGCCGGGGGGCUCGCUGCAGUUCCCUCCGCCCGCCUACCCGACAGGCAAGAGCAACUUCCAGUUGCCCAUCAUCCCGGACUAUCUGUUCCCGCAGCAGCAAAGCGAGGCCGGCCUGGGCUCUGCGGACCAGAAGCCCUUCCCGAGCCCUCAGCCGUCGCUCACGCCGCUCUCCACCAUCAAAGCCUUCGCCACGCAGAACGGCGGCGGCGCCCAGCAAGAGCCUAAGAGCCUCGCGGGCGGCGGCGGCGGCGGCGGCGGAGGGGCGUACCAGGCGCAGCUGGUCAAGCCAAGCCGCAUGCGGAAGUACCCCAACCGGCCCAGCAAGACGCCCCCCCACGAGCGGCCCUACGCCUGCCCCGUCGACUCCUGCGACCGGCGCUUCUCGCGCUCCGACGAGCUGACCCGCCACAUCCGCAUCCACACGGGGCAGAAGCCCUUCCAGUGCCGCAUCUGCAUGCGCAACUUCAGCCGGAGCGACCACCUCACCACGCACAUCCGCACGCACACGGGCGAGAAGCCCUUCGCCUGCGACAUCUGCGGCCGCAAGUUCGCGCGCAGCGACGAGCGGAAGCGCCACACCAAGAUCCACCUGCGGCAGAAGGACAAGAAGGCCGACAAGGGCCCCGCGGCGGCCGCGCCCCCGCCGCCCCCCGCCGCCUCGCCUCUGGCCUCCUACUCCGCCUCGCCUGGGACAGCCUCCUAUCCCUCUCCCGCCACCUCCUCUUUCCCCUCGCCGGCGCCCGCUUCGUACUCUUCGCCGGCCACGUCAUACCCUUCCCCCGUGACGUCGUACUCUUCCCCCGUGACGUCACCCUUCCCCUCCUUCCCGUCGCCCUCCGUGGUCCCCAGCUACGCUUCCAUCGCCUCGUCCACCUUCCAGAGCCAGGCGGCCACCCCCUUCCCUUCCCCCGGGGGCAUCUCCAGCCCAUUCGGCUCCCAAGUGACUUCCGCACUUUCCGACCUGGCCUCCACUUUCUCACCACGGACCAUUGAGAUCUGUUGAGAGGAGGGAGCUCGGACCACUUCGCAGCGGCAGCCCUUGUCCCGCAUGCCAGGGGUGGAUGGGGGCGGCUGCCGAAUCUGCCCGCCGGCUCUUGCUCCAGCAGGCCUCGGCCUGGGGCUGGGCGACAGCAGAGCCUUGCAAGCCAGCCCAUCUCCAGCUUCUCGGGACCCCUGGACUGUUCUUGCAACUUCAACUGCCUGAAAGACCACACACAGACUCCACGACAUCAGAAUCCCUCCACUUCUGUCCAAGUGCUGAAUCUGCAUGGACGAUACCGAUACCUUAUUUCAUGAUCAUCUCCCCCCAGAGCUGCGAUUCAUUAGGAAGCAAGAGACGGUGGACCCCGUGCAUAGACAAUAUAAUAUUGUAUAUGUGCCAUGGCUUUGCUUUCCUUCUGGGUUCUUCUUGACGUGAAAAUCUCUUUGCCUAUUCAUAUUGCAUUAUUUGGAGUACAAAGGGCCAUUUUCUCUCUCUUUUGUAAAUGGUAAUUUUUGCUCUUUUAGUGACAAAGCUGUAAUGAGUUCUACAACUUGUUUUGGGGGUGGGGAAGGGGGAGGUGGGGGGGAGCAAAAAGCAGCACUUAACUAUGUAUUUGAGCAUGUCAAAAGAGUGUGUGAUGUUCUUUGUAAUUAUCACCUUGAGGAUGAAACACUCUCACAUGGCAAAAAAGUUAUUGUUGGGUUUUUGGUUUUCAAGUCCCAAGUCUUGGUGCCUUGUUGUGGAGCUUUGCUAACGUCAUGCAUUGGUGUGAUCGGAUGCGUCGCAUCUAGCCUUAAGGUGACAGGGGAAGCGGAGGAGGGUCCGAGGCUCCGAGCCAGAAGAGGGAAGGAGCUGCACGAUGGAAUGUAAGCAAAACAAGAAAAAAAAAAGGCAAAUAAAGCAAAACACCCCGAAAUUCUCAAAAGUCUAUUUUUGUUACAGAAGUGUAAAAAUUUAUAAAUAUAUUCAGCAGUUGGAAUGUCGUAGUUACCUACUGAGUAGGCGGCAAUUUUUUGUAUGUUAUGAACAUGCUGUUCAUUAUUUUUGUGGUUUUAUUUUUGACUUUGUACUUGUGUUUGUUUAAACAAAAGUGACUGUUUGGCUUCUAAACACAUUGAAUGCGCUUUACUGCCAAUGGGAUAUUUGGUGUACAAUACCCUCUGGAAAAGUCAAUAAAAAUAUCGAGAGAGCAGCA